GUUUAAGCUCUUCACAGAGGUUCUUGUGGAUGGCUCCACCUUGUUCAAUUUGAAUUGCUUGCUUGAAUAGUCAGGGUCCGACAUGAAUAGGUCUCGUUUCAUCUGAAAAUGCGUGAUGGGUCUCUUUUUGGCGGCCAAGAUUUUCCAUGGUUUCAUUAAUCCUGGUGAAGUUUUGUACAUCAUGAAUACUGUCAAGGUUAGCUGGGUUGGGAAAACUUUUGCCCUAGCUAAGAGCAAUGACUUUGAAGGGAGGAAGUCCCGCAUUCGCCGUUCAAAGGAGGAGAGGAAGGAUAUGGUUGAAUCUUUUAUAAAGAAGUACCAGAAAGCAAACAAUGGGAGUUUUCCCUCACUCAAUCUCACGCACAAGGAAGUUGGUGGUUCUUUCUACACAGUUCGGGAGAUUAUCCGGGAAGUAAUCCAGGAAAAUAGAGUGCUCGGCCCUGCUAAGUUGACUUCAGAAGAGAUCAACACUGAACAAGUCUCUGAACAUUAUCCAUUAGGAUCAAUUUCCAUUGAACCUCAAAUUCCAUUAUCCAUUUCAUCCCCUGGGUCUUGUUUUGUUUCAAAUGAUCACCAGAGCAUCCAUAAAGAGCUGGUUUCAACUUCUAGUGGGCAAUCCACAGGUUAUAUUAGACAGACAACUGACAAUGAGAAGUAUAUUAACAGCAUGUUAAUGAGUGGAGAAUAUGAAGAAUCUAAUACGGGGAAAUCCCUGGAGCAUGGCAAUGUUGAAGCAGAAGUAGAUGAUAAGGCAGUACUCUCCAUGUUUCAAGGUAGUGAAACUUCUAGUGGGCAAUCUGCUGUUCAUAAUAAGCAGACCUCCAAUAAUGGGUAUAUUAACGGCUCAUACAUGGGUGGAGAAUAUGAUGAAUCAAGUGCAGGGAAACCCCUGGAGCAGGGCAGUAUCACAACACACGUGGAUAACGAGCCAAUAUUUGUCAAGGGUCAAGUUUGUGAAAAAUUGGAUGGAGUUGAAAAUGUUAAAGCACCUAUCGCUAGAGUAAAUCCUUUAGCAGUGGAUGUUAUCGUGGAGACAUUUCCAAUAAAAUCUGCUGGUAGGCUGAUUCAUGACAUGGAUUCAAUGUCAGGAGAAGCAAGAGAUGUAACUAAAACCCUGAAAGAACAGGAAAACAAGAAAGUGGAAGUAGCAACAGGGAACACUGAUUUAGUGAUUGACAGAACAGACUCCUUGGAGGAAAGUUCUCAUGAUUCAAUGGAUGAAAAAGCAUCACUGAAUAUUGCAGAAACAUUUCAGGAAAAUUUAAGUUGCUUUGCAACCCAAAACAGUGCUAGGAGUACUCUUCUGGAGAGCAUGCAACUGACAGUUGAGGUAGCUCAGAAUGAUGUCUCAACCGUGCAGACAGCUGAUCCAAACAAGACAGUAAUUGGAAUUGAGCCUAAUCUUGUUCCAGCUGAAGUCCAUUCUCAGAAUGGCACUGCCAGUGGUACUUCCUCUACAUUUGAAGAUCCACUUUCUCAGGAGGCAAUAAGCAAAGCCAAAGCUGAUAUUGAACAUAGUCAAAGCACUGGGGAAGGAAGUAAUACCACUUUGAACAGACUAAAUCUUGAAUCAAGGGAAGGAGCAUCCAAGAAAUCUGUGAAUGCAGAAAUAAAUCCACUUUGGACAGUAUUUAGAGCAUUCAUCUCUGCCUUCGUGAAGUUUUGGUCUGAAUGAUUUCCCCUUAGCGAAUGUCUUCAGUAUAAUUUUGAUAAGCAUGUAGGUAGGGUGAAUGAAAUUUGUUUGAUUAGAUGCUUGUGACUUGUGCGUUGUGACCUGGUUUUAUAGAGCUUUUUGGCAACUGAUAUUCUA